AUAGUAUUAGGAAGAGACGCGCAACCAAAAAUCCGGUAAAAGAUUCCAACUGUAAUAAUGGAGCCGGAAACCAAAACAGGCGGCGGCGACACCAAAACGCCUCUGUUGCAGCGCGGCGGCAGCGGGCGGCGCGGCCGUCUAAGUCGCCGGAACUCUGUGAACUCGCUCCGCAACGACUUCAUUUCCCGGCUGCCCGAUAAUGUCCGGUCAGCAGUUGACCCUGAGCUUCCUUCCUCUCAUAUUGAUCUCUCCAGAGCUCAGGGUUUGAGCCAAGGAGAGAAGGAUUACUAUGAAAGGCAAUUUGCUACAUUGAAAUCAUUUGGGGAGGUCGAUUCCGUGGUGUUAUCGGAAGAGAUAGACGAAGAAGAUCUAGAAGAACAAGCACAGCAUGAGAGAGCUAUGAAGAUCUCCAAUUAUGCUAAUGUUUUGCUGCUGGCCUUUAAGAUCUACGCCACUAUAAAGAGUGGAUCGCUAGCCAUUGCAGCUUCGACCUUGGAUUCCUUGCUCGAUCUCAUGGCUGGGGGCAUACUAUGGUUUUCCCACCUUGCUAUGAAGAAUGUCAACAUUUACAAGUACCCUAUUGGGAAGCUGAGGGUCCAGCCAGUCGGCAUUAUCAUCUUUGCUGCUGUAAUGGCUACUCUUGGCUUUCAGGUUUUGGUUCAGGCUGUAGAACAGCUUGUUGAAGCGACACCCGCUGCAAAAAUGACUGCAGAUCAGUUGGUCUGGCUCUACUCGAUUAUGUUAUCCGCUACUGCAGUAAAACUCGCCCUCUGGUUUUACUGCAGAAGCUCAGGCAACAAAAUCGUGCGAGCCUAUGCAAAGGAUCACUAUUUCGACGUGGUAACAAACGUGGUAGGGUUGGUGGCAGCUGUGCUCGGAGAUAUGUUCGUUUGGUGGAUUGAUCCAGCCGGUGCACUUGUACUCGCGAUCUACACCAUCACUAACUGGUCAGGAACAGUACUUGAAAAUGCAGUGUCGCUGGUAGGCCAGUCAGCGCCACCCGAGGUGCUGCAGAAACUGACUUAUCUCGUGUUGAGGCACCCUCAGGUUAAGCGUAUUGACACCGUGCGUGCUUACACGUUUGGAGUUCUGUAUUUUGUCGAGGUUGAUAUCGAGCUCCCUGAAGAUAUGCCCCUCAAAGAAGCUCACACCAUUGGAGAGACUCUGCAGAUGAAACUCGAGAAGCUUAUUGAGGUCGAGAGGGCGUUCGUGCAUCUUGAUCACGAAUGCCAGCACAAGCCGGAGCACGCUGUUCUCAGCCGCCUGCCCAACAGCGAUCCUUGAGAUUUCGCCUCGUCUAUGUGGUUUGCGAGCUGUUGCACAGAAACGGGGCUCGAUAGCCCCCCCAUUGAGAGAAAAAGGUACACAAAAACUCAUACUUGUAUUUACCCUGUAUCAACUGAUGCACAUUCGUUUUGAUAAUAAAAAUCGCAAGGUGUAUAUACAAACACACAACACACACAUAUAUAUACAUGAUCUUAUAAGCUUUCAA